AGAAAACGUUUACAAUUCGCUUUUAUUUGAUACAGAUGCGCUCUCUUAAAACGAAAAUAUAGAUACAAUUAGAUGGUCAAUCGGCAAUAUUCACAGCGUAAUUCGAGAUUAAGUGCGGCAGGAGCAACGGUACUCAACCAGCUGACUAGUUUAUUUUUACUAUUACUUGUAACUUGUAAAAGUUGAUGAGACAUACAAGGAUGUAAAUUUAGAAAUGGUGUACCUAAUAUAGGGUGUAUCGCCUGAGACAAAUCCUUGUAUCUCAAUUCUCCAUUACGAACAAGAGACUGUGCUUCUUCCAUGGAUAUUGGAUUAACGCCCNGUUCACCUGAUUUCCAUCCAUUAAAAUAAAGAAUUGGGACGCUGUAGCUCAUCGACCAUAGUACAUGAUGCUCCGUAACUAAUGGCCUCUCGAUAGGGCAAGUGGCCUCGAAAGGAUCAUGUUUCAAUACAAAGUCGAAAUCAUCGCCAGGGUCGCUGUAUCUCGGUGUCGACUUAUUACCGCUGCGCAUGUAUUGUUUCUGCUCACGGGCAAUGUACGCCUCUCCUGGCACCAUCUGCGAAUUCGAAGUUCCCAUCCGUCGGAAAUUUCAUUUGACAUCUCUACGAAGCUUUCGGCAUUAUCGAGGAAUUCGUCCCACGUAAUUGUGCCUGGACCGUCCAUUGACAUCUAUCGGAUGUGUCAACAACUGCUUUGAUAUUUGCCUACAAGUGCGUGGUGCUUUUCAGAGGAGCCACGGCCCUGACGUGAAAACCGACGGCUGCGCGCGCAACUUUUAUGAGCCAGAGACGCACGACACGAACAGACAGUGAGAACGAGAGCGAGAGAGACGGCGUUGCAUCCCGUAUCCCGUGUACGUGUGUGUAAGUGUAAGUACUGCGCGUACACCGUGUACGAAACACACUCCUGAUCCUGUGCGUGUUUAUACGAAAAUAAAGUUCGCCUCUGUGAUUGUGUACGUGAAAGUGACCACUGUGCUUCGUUCUACUACCUGCCUAGGUAGGUGUCAUAAAAUAAAAGAGAGAAAAGAAAGAGACAAAAUAAAAACAGACCUAUCGUUGGUCCGUUGUUCUGCGCGCGAGAUUGUCGACGUACGUACCACGCAUCGGGGAUCGGUGUAAAAUCGGCGUGUCGCUAACGUCGAGAGCUUCGCAUUUGAUGAGCGUGAAAUGCAAGUGUGUAUGACUGUCUCUGUCUCUCCGUCUGUCCGUCUGUAUGUAUCGUUUAAUGAGGUGAGGCGGGACGAGGUGAGGCUUGGUUUUAGGUGAGGUGAGGUAAGGUGAGCGGCUAGCCAAAGCUAAAGAGAGUGAAGAGAGUGAAGUGACCGAGCGCUGCUUGAGCAUCGCGGUGAGAGGACGCACACAUACUGUCGUUUACGUUCGGUUCGCAAGACGCGGCCUCAGGACGUUCGAGCUCUACGAUCGCGUACGUACGUUUCUUUUUUUUUUUUCUUGAGGGGAUAACUUUAAAUAAUCAGUGAAGGGAGAAAAGCGAGUGUUAGAAGGGAAAAAAAAACGACGAGGGAAGAAGGAAGGAAGGAAGGCUUGGAGGUUGGAGCAAAGUGAGCCGCAGUUACGAAGAAGGCAGAGACAAAGAGUACAAGUGGCUGGUCUGCGAACGAUGACGACGCUCGUUCGUUCCGCGGUCAUGCGUCCACAAUUCGCCGAGCCAUGAUGCGGGGUACUGUAUCUAGUAUAGGCUGCUGGCCGCGGCAGUGGUACGACGUGUUCGUAACGUGCGUGUGACCUGAUACAGAAGAUACAGUGAAUAUUCCCGUGGUCUCGGGUGCUGAUUACAUUUCUUCCAUUAAGACGAGCAGCGCGAUUGAGAAGCGGAAAUCCGAAAGGAUACGAAAACUGUAUUACCACGGCUACGUAAAUAAAGGCUGGUGCAAAACUUACUUACGGCAAUAGUGUCGGACGUCUGUCUGUAAAAACGAAAAACGGUGGUUCUGUUUACACUGGAAAAAUUGACGGUCUUCGAGAAUGUACGCGAAGGGAAAGGGGACCACGGUGCCCUCGGACUCUCAAGCGAGAGAAAAAACAACUCGACAAUGCGACCAUCUCCGCCCACACACCCCUCAUCACAGCCAUCCCCCCAGCACCCCCAGCCACCCCCGCCUCCACACUCGCAGAUGAUGUCCACUCAGCUCCUCCAGGCAUGAAUCCCAUGAACCCAAGGAUGAAUCCUCCACGAGGACCAGGAAUGGGCCCGAUGGGACCGGGAAGUUACGGGCCUGGAAUGAGAGGACCACCUCCUAACAGUAGUUUGGGUCCAGGAGGUCCAGGAGGUCCUGGCAUGCCUCCAAUGAGUAUGGCUGGACCAAGUGGUAGACAACAGUGGCAACCUAAUACAUCAACGCCGAUGAAUUAUUCAUCAUCGUCACCGGGUAAUUACGGGGGACCACCUGGUUCAACAGGUCCUCCAGGCCCAGGUACACCAAUUAUGCCCAGCCCGCAAGAUAGUAGUAAUAGUGGUGGCGAAAACAUGUAUACCAUGAUGAAACCUGUACCUGGAGGAAAUAUGCCUGGUGACUUUCCAAUGAGCGGUGGGCCAGAAGGUGGUCCGAUGGGUCCUAUGGGACCAAAUACGAUGGGUCCUGUGCUGAAUGGUGAUGGCCUCGAUGGAAUGAAAAACAGUCCAGCUAAUGGCGGUCCGGGAACACCACGGGAAGAUAGUGGAAGUGGAAUGGGAGAUUAUAAUUUGGGUGGUUUUGGAGGACCAGGAGAAAAUGUAAGUAUUAGUAAGUUUUUCGUAACAACUCCCUAUGACAGUCACUCGACGUGUUAAUAUGGACUUAUAUGCUAUCGUCUCUGUGUAAAUGAUUGAACUUAUAUUAGCAGAAUAUACUUUCGAAAAGAUAUUGAUUAAAAAAGAAAUUUGCGUUAAUUUUCACUCUUGUUAUUUUUGAUUGGAGAUAUAAGUCCAUGUUAUAACUGGAUUUUUCUUCUAAUUAUUCAGCAAUUAACAGAUUCAGGUGCUUUCAUCAAUGCGUCAGUUAAUUAUUCUAUCAAAGUAAUUUGGAUCUUAUUACAUUUAGAGAGCUUAUCCUCAAGCUUACUCCAACCACCUAGUUAAUGCUUAAUCUAAAAAGUCAAUAUUUGACAAAUAUUCGAAGUGUCCUUGUUUAAUCAUUUAGGCUUCUUGGGAAAUUUAAUUUACACUACCCAUUUGCAUCUAAUGUUAUAACUGUUUGGCUCAGAUUGUGUCUAACUAUAAUCAUACUAACAGUAUGACUAAUGAUGCAAACUUAAAGUGG